UUUGUGAACCAAAACCUAGACACGUCGUCUCCCGCAGACGACCGACCUGUAAUAAUAUGAAAAAAAAGUGUUUGCAAGGAAGAGAAGAGAGAAACAUGUCUGGUCCAAAAUUUAGAAGAGCAAUGGAUUUUACAAAGUUGUUGCCAAAAGAGUGCGUGUGUCUGAUCAUAUCAUUGACUUCGCCUCGAGACGCAUGUCGAUGGGCCCUGGUUUCUCCCGCCUUGAGACCAGUUGCAGACUCUGAUGAUGUGUGGGAGAGGUUUCUGCCUUGUGAUUAUCAGGAAAUCAUUUCAAGAUCCUCAUCUCCAUCAUUGCUUUCAUGGGCAAAGAAGGAUCUUUUUUUUCAUCUCUCCUCUCAUCCCAUUCUCAUUGAAAAUGGUACCAUGAGCUUUCAAUUGGAGAAAGAGACUGGGAAAAGAUGCUAUAUGCUAGGGGCAAGAGCACUGUCAAUUAUAUGGGGAGAGACACCUCAGUAUUGGACAUGGACAUCUCUCCCAGAAUCUAGGUUCUCUGAAGUUGCUGAGCUCAGAGUAGUGUGGUGGCUGGAAGUGAAGGGAAGGAUUGAGACCCGAAAUUUAUCUCCCAGAACAAACUAUGCAGCAUACCUUGUGUUUAAGCUUAAUAGGAGAAGCUAUGGGUUUAGAGAUAGCACUGUAGGUGUGCAUGUGAAUGUGGAAGGAACCACAACAGGGGAAGUGAGGAGUGUGUUUCUAGACUAUCCACAAAAUGUUCCCCAACAAGCUCAAGAAAGAAGAGAUGGGUGGAUGGAGAUUGAAAUGGGUGAGUUUUUGAAUGAAUAUGGAGAUGAUGGGACAGUGGAGUUUUCCCUUCGGGAGAUCAACUGUAAUUACUCUAAGCGUGGCCUCAUUAUUGAAGGAAUUGAGGUGAGGCCUAAAAAUAUUGGUAGGUAAUAUAAUCUUCUCCUUUCUAUUUGGUUCAACAUUCCUUUGCAGGAUUUAAAUAUUUAAUGUUUUGUAUUUGAGGAGAAAAAGUUAUGGCAUGCACAUUCCAAUAAUGUUUAAAUAUUUUGCCCCGCAGGCAGAUUGUGUUGAAAGUAAUAUAUUUGUAAAGUUUAAUAUUGUGGAAACAUUUUGCCCCUAAGGCAGAUGUGCCAAUUAACAUAUCGGUUAUUGAGAAUGGUUUGGUUGGUUUCAACCUUUUUAAUAGAGUCGGUUAAUUCGGUUAUUAAUUUUUCAGUUCGAUCACCAAAUCGACCGGCUGUAAAAUCCAUUACCUGUCUACUGCAUGCCCAAGUGGUGAUGCGGGCAUAAAGAUGGAAUUUGUUAAGAUAUGAUAUGAGCCGGGAGUAAUUGAAAUAGUAACGAUCGUCUGCUUGCUGUGCGUAGAUCCAAAAUUUUGUUUUGGAACCUUGGCUUAGAAGAAACACAAGAAAUUAACAAGUAGCAUCUACAAUUUCGGCAAUAAGCAUGUUCUUGUUGUCUGUUUUUGACCUUGUGUUUGGCCUUUGGAUAGGAAAAAUAUGUUAGUUACCUAGUCACUGAACUUUGAUCAUAAUUUCAUCAACAUCACUUUAAUUUAUCCCAUUAAAAUAUUUUUUUUUGUAUGUAAAAAUUUAGGGUAAAUAAGUUGUUCA